AUGGAUCCCUCUGUCGCACAUCGGCCAUGGGAGGCUGUCUCGGGGCCUCAAACCCCCAGCUCCUCACAGACCCUACCGUCUAUCUCGACGUUGACCGCAAACAUGCCUGGAACGGGGACCGCGGAGAAAUCUCCCGGCAACUCAUCGCUGAAUACCAUCGAGCGGGACUCGGGGAAUUGGUCAAUGCCGCAAAGCACAAGUAGGAGACACUCGCCCGCGGAUUGGGAGCGGCGCGGUGCUGACCAUGUAGGAUCUUCCACCUACUCUACAACUACCAAUGGCACCGGCAACAAUUACUCCUCCCUGCACUUCAUUACCGCGUCGCAGCCAUCCCCGAACCGCGGACACCCCGCCGUCGACCGCUCCCAUUUCUCUCACGAUCAACCGAAUACCCCUUCUUCUGCCGGCACGCAGCAGCCCUCCCCAAACUUCAAUACCCAGCCAAACUCCGCUCUCCCUUCGAUCAACCAAAACUAUGAAGCGCCUUCGCAGAGGGCUAGCAUGGCCGAGACCGAGUCUCGGCGCAGCAGCGUCGACAGUCGUGUGAACCAAGGAAUUAGCUCUCUUGCCAUCAACCCCGCCUCCCCCUACCACAGCACCAAUGCCUCUCAAUCCUCGAUCGUGUCUAGCCUUCAACGCGAGAGGGGAAUCCCCACCGAUAUGAACUCGUACCGAGGACCUCGAUACUCUGGUGGCAGCCAGCCACUCUCUCCAUUGGGUCCUCGUCCCACAGACAGCCAGCGAGCCAGCUUCGCAGCCGGUCGUACUGCGCCGGCCAUCUCCUCAAACCCUCGGUCGGAGAUCUACAAUGCGGAAGCACCCACCGCGGGUAUGGCCUAUGCCUUCCCCGACCCGGACAUGGCGCGCUCCAGCUCAGUCUCCUCGAAGGGAGAAUCAAAUCCUCCAUUCUCCCGCAAAGGCAGCAUGGCAGAGUCUAUGAACAGCAUGUACUCCGAGCGCAUGCCGCGAGGACAACACGACCUACCCCAAAAUGUACAUCAUCACUCCCUACAACACAAAGCAGUGCGCGACUUGAUCGGCGAGGAAGAAGGGCCUCCGGGCAGCACACCUUACAGCCGCACCCCCGAGCUACGCGUAACACAUAAACUCGCCGAGCGCAAACGUCGCAGUGAAAUGAAAGACUGCUUCGAGGCGCUCCGACUGCGCCUCCCCGCAGGCCAGACCAACAAGUCCAGCAAGUGGGAAACCCUCACCCGAGCCAUCGAUUACAUCACCAUGCUGGAAAAGACCGUCGCCCAAUCCCGACGCGACCACACCAUCAUGCAAUCCGAGCUGGAAGAGAUGCGCGCCCAGCUCCAGCAAAAUGGAGCUUCCCGCCCGCCCUCCAUCUUCGAGCACCACCAGAUGAACCCUAACCAGGUCAACGGACAACCGCAAGGUUCCGUAUUCGCCAGCUUCGGCAACGGCCAAGUGGCGCAGGAACAGCCGCGCACUUUACCGCCUCUUAUGAAUGGCUCGGUGGCGCCCAUGCAAGGCAUCCAAUACACGGAUGAGCGGCGGUAG